AUGGCAAACUUUAAAUUAGUUUCCUUAAGAGGUAAUAAUCUCCACAAACAUAGAUCUAUGUUCACAUGGUGUCAUAUCUUGUAUUCUUCUAGAGAUGCAUUCAGGGGAGGAAUCAGAAAAACAGUGGAUAAAUGAGUGGGGUGGGAAAUUUACUAUUCACAUGGAAGCCCAAAUUCUUCUAGAGUUAUGGUGUUGAUUAGGAAUAGAUUAAAUUGCACAAUUCAUAGAUCCCUUGGAGAAAUUUCAUUGUUCCAAAAGUAGAAAUUGAUGACAAGGUUUGUAUCUUGAUGAACAUUUAAGCACCAAACAAAGACAAAAUGGUGUGCAAAUUUUUCAAAAAUUUACAUAAAAUGUUGCAAACAGAAAAUUUAGACUAUGACGAAAAUAUUUUUUGAGGAGACUUUAACUUGCCCUAAAUCCAAAGCUUGAUAAAAAGGUGGUGUAA